AUGGCAACUUCAGCAACCACCAGCACGCCGGGACCGCUCCCUCCGACCCUGUUCAGCAUCUACCGAACCUACAAACGAGAGACCUCGAUUGUCAUCCGCUGGCUCAAUGCAUUCGAUCAAUCAGCCGAGUUCAGCUCGCCACCCAGCUCAGGCGACCAUGACAACUCUGAGCCUCAAGAAAUGACUGUACGCCAAAUUGCGGAACGCGCCCGCAAAGCCGCAAGCACAGGCAAACGCCCGCCGAAGAACAUUGAGUCAGCUUUUAAGAUGGUCAUUAUGAAUCGUAGCAGACUGACGAAACACUACGAGACGUUGCCGUCAUCUACCCAAGGUGUACAAGACUCGACAGAACGGCACAGGGUCUUCAAUGAGACACUGGCUGAAGCAUACGCAUUGCUCUUCCCGAAAACAAAGGAGCGGAGCAAUAAGAGCAUGAAGCGUACAUCUUGUGACAAGUCAGACGCGUCCCUUUUGGCAACAAACAACAGUUUCGAGGUACUAACCGGACUAAUUGAAGCUGAGAAGGAUUUCGACUAUUCAGCCUCCGAAUACUGGCGCAAGAACGUGCCGGAGCCCGAACCCGAACGAUUCACGAUUACGGAAGACCCUAUCGAGGAUAUGAUCGCUUUCCAAGUAUACUUCGCUGAACUUCAGGCCAUUGUGGAGGCUGUAAAGACAAUUUGGAAAUCUCACGCGGCCGGUGACUUGUCCCUUGCUGCUGCCGGCUGGUUGACGAACCUGGCUCAGCACUUCUCAAGACGUCUCAGAUGCCACGCUCGCAAGGCUCGACCAUGCGACGAGUUCUCCCUCUGGAAAGCAGGUCUUGAAGGUGGUUGUGAGCUGCGACCGAGUGUUACCGCCGAUGAACUGGCAUCGAUGGAUUUCUUCAGAACGGCCACAAUCUCCUCAUUCAGCGAGUUGUCUCAUGGCGGAGGGUUAAUUUGGCCCUCGACACUCCUGGUGACCUUUAUCGACACUCAGCAACUCCCGGAGUCACCUGGGAAGGAGCGUCGCCCGUUUCAGGCUUUCUUCCGCAACUCUAUGGAAGAGCGUACAACUAAAGAGAGCUUCGUGCAUGCAAUCACGAAUCUGUUAUCGGUCGAAGGAUGCCAAGUCUCAGAAGAAAAACGUCGAGCAGAAAGCGUCAAAAUCUGCGCGGAUCGUUACAGCCACGAUGUGGCAUUGCUUGCCUUCAUGAUCAAGAGCGCCUCUCAACACCCGGCAUCUGCGGCACAUCAGCCGAACUCGCCAGCCACAUACCGGCACGACAUGUACGAGGAUCAUCUGCAACAUCCCUCGGUGCUUCCUCUCAUAGCGGAUAUUAAAGACAAGAAGUUAUCCAUCCCGACUAUAAUAACAGCUCAUAUGCUGUUAGAAAGCGGACGCAGCUUUCUCCACGAAUACGAGAAGACGGGGAAAAAGCCACCGAACUGCCGCAUCAUUGCACUGAGUCGUGCUAACGAGGUACUUGGCGCUACAGAGCAGUUCUACCAAUCAUACGCACAGAGUUCAGUAAAGCUCUACCACGAUGACACGGCCGCCAUCGUCUGGAUGCUUAGGGAGAAGAUGGUCAAGUUCACAUCUGACAAGACGUUCGACCUUUAUUCGCAAUCUCCGUGGGUCAUGGGAAGUUACAUGUCCGCAAUAUCGGAUAUCACGCUCUUCGUCGGCCUUCAAAUCCUCAACGAGCAGGAAAUCUUUGGUGCGACGAUGCAUCUCUACAAUAUGUUACGACAGAUUGGCGGUUGUCCCGAGAUUCCGAUCCUCGAACAUCUCCGCACGCUUUUUAAGGAUGUCGUAUUCGCAGGAAAGCAAUACCCAAAGAGGAACUUUUGCAACAUCUUCGAGCUGUUUUGUGGAGCGAAGAUCUUCAAGCAAACGAUCACACCGCGCACGAUGCUCAUGGCAGCCCCAAGGAAAGAACCUCGCCAUGCUGCUUGUGCAAGCCAGCGGAUCUCUAUGGAUACGAUGGGCAGUUCGGCAUGGGACAGCCUCAUCAGCCUCUACGCGCCCAGUCCAGAACUUUGGGUCAAACUCACGGGCGAUCCUAAGAUGGAUCGCAAGAUUCAUAGGGGCCUGAACUACAACGACAUUUUCCUUAGCUUCCCGCCAUCGGAGCUUAUUCGUCGUGCACAGAACGUGAUCCAGCCGGAGUACAAAGGCACCUUCCCAAUAGCCCGGGUGAACUGCUUUGCAGUCUUAGAUCUUUGCACAAAGAUAAUGCUCGAGGUUGCUGCUCGUUUCGAAGAAGCCGGAUAUGCCGUAUGGCCGCCGCAGCUCCAUGAUACUCCCGAAUUGGUUGAAGUGAUUGGAUCGCUGGAUGUCAGUAUCCCUUCGGCGAUGGCAUGUGUUCGCCUUGCCAUGUAUGAUGUCGUUGCUAGGACACCCGCCGACGGUAAGCAGUGGGAUUAUAACAUCCGCGAUAAACCCUCAGUCGUAACCAUGCGAGAGGUCAUCAUGAAGGCGUGCGAAGGGAAGAAGGUUGAAGACUUCUUAUGGAAGAAUGUGUGA